AUGCGGUGGCGGCUGCUGUGGCUGUUCAGCGCCGCUGCCUGCUGCUGCUGGAGCCUCGCCGCGGGCAAGACGCUGCGGGGCGGUUUCGCCAGCGCCGCCGCCCGCCGGGAGCCGUGGCGGCCUGUGGCGCGCUUCCAGUUCUACGGUGACCAUGCUGUUCUGUGUGUCAGAAUCAAGAAUGUAGCAGUAGCUGUGGCAAAAGCAGCUAGACUUCACCUCUUUCAAGCGCAGGAAUGGCAGAAGCUGGAAAACAGUGUCCAAGAUGACAGCUGUACAGAGAAGUUCUCUAAAGCUCAGCUGACAAUGACUGUGAACCACACAGAGCAAAAUCUGACAGUGUCCCAGAUUCCUUAUCCGGAAACAUGGUAUGUGUUUUAUGUAGACAAGUUUACCUGCGAGGAGAAUUAUUCUGAAUCCGAGGAUAUUCAGUUUGAAAUGAUCUUACUAAACCCAGAUGCAGAAGGGAAUCCAUUAGAUCACUUUAGCGCAGGGGAAUCUGGAUUACAUGAGUUCUUUUUCCUACUUGUCCUAGCAUACUUCAUAACUGCUUGCAUAUAUGCACAAUCCCUGUGGCAAACAAUUAGGAAGCGUGGACCUAUGCAUGGUGUAUUAAAGGUGUUGACAAUUGCAUUACUGUUGCAGGCUGGUUCAGCUGUUGCCAACUACCUGCAUUUCUCAAGUUAUUCUAGAGAUGGGAUAGGCGCUCCUUUUAUGGGAAGUCUGGCAGAAUUGUGUGACAUAAUCUCACAGAUACAAAUGCUGUAUUUAUUGUUGAGUCUGUGUGUGGGUUGGACAAUAGGCAGAAUGAAGAAAUCUCAUGGCAGACCUCUUCAGUGGGAUUCCAGUCCAGCAUCUACUGGCAUUGCUGUAGUAGUUGUUGUUACACAGAGCUUUUUGUUAAUUUGGGAGCAGUUUGAAGAUACAAAUCACCACAGCUACCAUUCGCACCAUGGCUUGGCAAGCGGGCUGCUCAUUGGCCUCAGAGUCUGCCUAGCUCUGUCCCUGGCUGCUGGGCUGUACCAGAUUAUCACAGUGGAGAGAAGCUCGCUGAAAAGGGAGUUCUAUAUCACCUUUGCCAAAGCCUGCAUUCUCUGGUUUCUGUGCCACCCAUGUCUUGCAACCAUUGCUGUAAUAUUCAGAGAAUAUCAAAGAGAAAAGAUUAUUACCAUAGGUGUUAUCCUCUGUCAGUGCAUCUCCAUGGUUAUCCUCUACAGACUUUUUCUAUCUCAUAGUCUAUAUUGGGAAGUAUCUUCACUGUCAUCAGUGACAUUACCACUAACAGUAUCCUCUGGACAUAAAAACCGACAUCACUUCUGAGAUGUUUAGGAAGAAUAUAUUGUGUAAUAAAUGUGCAAUAAUGACUUGAAUAUA